CGCGAGGCGACGGAGCAGGAGAUCCGCUCGCUCUUCGAGCAGUACGGGAAGGUGCUGGAGUGCGACAUCAUCAAGAACUACGGCUUCGUGCACAUCGAGGAUAAGACGGCGGCCGAGGACGCCAUCCGCAACCUGCACCACCACAAGCUGCACGGCGUCUGCAUCAACGUGGAGGCCAGCAAGAACAAGAGCAAGGCCUCGACCAAGCUGCACGUCGGCAACAUCAGCCCCGCCUGCACCAACCUGGAGCUGCGCGCCAAGUUCGAGGAGUACGGCCCCGUCAUCGAGUGCGACAUC